AUGGAAACAGAAAGUGCAAUAUCUAGAGCUAUCGAUAUCCUUCGAAAAACUCCUGAAUCAAGAUCACAAGACGAUAUAAACGAACUCAUGGAAGCUACCAAAUCAAUCAAGCUUUUCAGUUCAUUAGACAACGAAGAUGGAGAAUCGAUUCAUCGAGGCUGUUGCAAAGUUCUUGUUUACGCGGAAUACGAAAGAGGUGAUUAUAUUUUCCAUAUUGGCGAAACUGGGGAUACUUUUUGUAUCGUCAUUCGUGGAAAAGUGAGGAUCUUGGUACCGCCUACUAAAAAGUUUCCAAGAUCGGCUAUAACCAGCUCUCUGCCUAUUUUUAAAUCAGACAACCUGCAAUGUGUAGACACUAUGGGCCCUGGAUCAUCAUUUGGGGAAUUGUCGUUACUAAGAGGAAUGCCACGAUCAGCAAGUAUUCAAUGUGCAGAACCUACCAUAGUCGCGAUUCUUAAAAAAUCAGAUUACACAGCUCUGAUUGGAACGAUUCAUGAAAAAAGGUUCAAUGCAAAGCUAAAUUUUUUACAAUCAUUACCGGAAUUCAAAAAAUGGGCUAAAAAUGCUCUAUCAAAGCUGAGUUAUUAUUUUAAAUAUGAAAGUUUUUACAGAGGGCAGGCGGUAUAUAAAGAAGGAGAUACAGUUGACAAAGUUUAUGUAAUAAAAUCAGGAGAGUUUAAAUUUACACAAAAACACACAAUUUCAUACGAAAAAGAACAAAAAGCUGGGGAGUAUAUAAAUCCAAGGCUGGAGAUGGCACUUAACCUAUUAAAGCAUUCCCCAAAUAAAGUAAGAAAAAAUAAAGACCUCCAAAUACUUGUUAAGCAGCAAGGCGAAUUUUUUGGCUUAGAAGAUGUCAUUAAUGAGCGCCCUAAACGGCCUGUUACUUGUAUGUGCAACUCACUUCUUGGAGAAGUAUAUGUGAUCUCUGAUAAAGAAUUAAAAAAAAGGAUCCCAAACCCAGAAACCUGAGGGUUUUUGGGUACUCAGCAAGAUGCUCAUGAGGAAUGGCUUUCUAAAAGAAUUGAAUGUUUAAAAGAAAUAGAAAAAAAUAAACUUCAACGGCAAUUUACUACAAUAAGUGCCAGAAAAAUAUUAGACAAUGCUGGAAAUAUACGAAAAGACCCUUAUUCAUAUAGAGAAAUGGAAAGCAGAUGUGCAUCUAGACUUGAAACGCCAGAAAGUCGAUGCCAAUCAAGACUUGAGACAUUAGAAAGUAGAUAUGGAACUAGAUUAAAUACCGAAGAAAAUAAAAGUGCAAGGUAUGAGAGCAAAAAUAGGUUAUAUACACAAGAAUCAAGCACUCGAGCUCAUAAUGCAAGCUUUAUUGAUAAUAAUGAGUCAUUUACAAAGCUGUUUCCAAAUGAGAGUAAUGCAAAAAUAAGACCAUCUACAUCUUCAAGAUAUUCUCAGUCAACAUCUCCAUCAAAAACAAGGCUUUGCUUAACCCCGGAAUUAAGUGGGAAAAUUUUAAAGUCUCAGGCUGGUAGGCUAGGAAGGAAAAACUUUUUGUAA